CAUCUGAGGCGGUGAAUUUCCCUUGAAAUUGGGAGAGAGAAAGAGAGAGGGGUAGGUAUCAAGAAGAGCGAGCAUCGAGCUGCUAAAGGGAGUGAUCGAGCUUAAACCUGAUUUUAAUCUGCAAUUUGUAGAGAGAGAAAGAGGAAGCUGCAAUUUGUAGGUAGUGAGAGGAGAUGGAUCGGCUUCAGCUGCUAUUGGUGGGGUUGCCUCUGUUCUUGUUCUGCUCCGAUGUUGUGAAUCUCUUCACUUCCUCUCCUCCUCCAAAGCCCCAUCAACACUCUCAUCGCCACCACCAUCAAAUCCCUCCAAUCCUCAAGGACACCACUCCAGACUUUUCAGCGCAGAAUGUUCAGCCUAUUCCUGGUGGAGUUGGGCUUGGAACAACAGUGAGAAUUGAAUUUUGCACCUCAUGCUCUUACAGGGGAAAUGCAUUAACAAUAAAGAAGAUGUUGGAAACUUCUUUCCCUGGCAUUGAUGUUGUGCUUGCAAACUACCCCCCACCCCUUCCAAAACGCCUCCUAAGCAAAGUGGUGCCGGUUGCCCAAGUUGGGGUUAUUGCAAUUGUAAUGGCAGGAGAACACAUUUUCCCGAGACUAGGAUAUAUGACACCACCCCCAUGGUUCUUCUCCUUGCGCCAAAAUAGAUUUGGCACAAUUGCAACCACUUGGCUUCUUGGCAAUGUGUUGCAAUCUUUUCUUCAAAGUUCUGGAGCUUUUGAGUUGUACUGCAAUGACGAUCUGGUGUUCUCAAAAUUGAAGGAGGGCAGAUUCCCUAGUGAGUUCGAGAUGAGGGACAUUAUCAGCAAGAAAUUGGCCAAUACGAGAGUUGCAGAUGGCCUUGAAGGACUGUGGUUCUAGGGAAGCAUAUCUUAGAUCACAUCGGCUGUAAAUGCGUGUUUGUAUGACUUGCUAUGUGUUACAAUAUUCCAAUUAGUCAUAUUUUGCUCUGGAAGUUUUUGUAACUAGUCACGGUUUAUUUAACAGUAUUCCUAUCUUUAGUUUUCCUUUUAUUAACAGUUGUAACUAGCCUUGUGUGUGAUGUGUUCAUGAACUUACUGUAGCAGAAACACAUGAUCCUCUAGAUUUCAACUGCAGACAGCCAAAAAAAAGGGGAAAAGAAAGUAUAUUCCAACCAUGGAUGGAUGGGGCCUGUCUUACCACCACCAAGAGUCCGCAUUCGUCAGGUCCAUGGAUGACAUCUGGUGCUGGGGUUAUGUGUUAUUUGCUAGAGCUUUUAAAUACAAAAAGGUUUCCAUGGAAAAAAUAGUAGUAAAGAUCUUGUAGGGGACUCAGAGACUGAUUUUGGGACAAACAUACAAAUGGUGUAUCAUUAUUAUUAUCAUCUGAGCUUUAUCUCAAUUA